AUGACCCUGGAAGACUAUGAACGAGGCGUAGCAGAUCUUCGCCAACGUUUGAUGCAACAUUACAAUGAUACGACUUGCAAUGUGCCACUUUCAAACUUAGAUCUCAGUCUUGAUAAGCAAAUUACAGACAUGUAUGCAACGCCUAAAAUACACCGAAUCAAAAUAGAAAAAGAUGGCAAACGCGUGAAAACAAAAGAACUGUUGCUGACUUACAAAGAAAUAUUCUGCAAAGACGACCGAUCAAAUCAAAGAAUAUACAUACAGGGCGAACCAGGUAGAGGAAAAUCUACGUUUGCAGUUAAGUUAGUGUAUGAUUGGUGCAAUGAAAAUCAGCCUUUAUCAACUCCCACAGAAAAUCCAACGUUUGAAUAUAGCUUAAUUUUGCCCAAUGAAAACCAGCUCUCAUCGGCAGCUCCCGAAAACAUUCAAGCAUUUUCAGAUUGUUCAACACUUCAGAAAUUCAAGUUUGUAUUUUUCAUCACGUUAAGAGAUUCGAGGGAUCAGACAGAUGUAACACAGAUGAUAAAGAAGCAGCUUAUUGAUAGCAUGUUUUCUGAAGACGAACGCGCCGAUGUGUACACACUUCUUUUACAAAUAAUAAAAACUGAAUUGUGUCUUGUAGUAAGAGAAGGUUUAGACGAAUGGGUGUCCCCUAGUAACCUAGCUAAACCUUCAAUGGCUGGAUUUCAGAAGGACACAUGCACGGUACUUACAACAUCUCGACCAUGGAAACUGGCUGAGGAACACCUAAGGAACUCCCAAAUUGACACUCUGUUAGAGAUCGAGGGGAUAAUCAGUCCAUACUCAUUUAGUAAAAAUAUUCUUCGAUGCAUACUUGACCAGACGCAGAAUCUAGAAAAAACUGUGGAUGAAUUUGAGUCUUUCAUAAACAGUUGUAAGCUCAGAUCGUUAUCAUCCUCACCAAUGUUGUACGCGUUGGUGAUCUGCACGUGGGUUGACACGAUUGGGGAGGAAGAACAUUUGAAAGGAUCAUCAUUUUGUGCACUUUACACAACUCUGCUCGAAAGUCUUUUCAAAAAGGCAAACAGUGCAAUUGGUUAUUUUAACGAUUCCAAUGCACCUCCAGUGCAAUGUUUUUCUAGAACAUACCACCUACAGCCAAACAUUGAACUCUUAAAUAAGCUCGCUGGUGCAGCUUGCAAAUUGUUAUUUUCUUUUGAAAGAGAAACAGCUAUUGUAUUCAAUGAUAUAACAUUGUCUAACUAUUUUUCUUAUGAAGAGUUUACGGAUUGCAAGAUGUUUGCACUUAAGGCAGGAAUAUUAACAAACAAGAAAGAGAAAAGUCGGGCAGAUAACUCCAACUCGUUCAUACACAAAACUGUACAGGAAUUUCUCGCAGCAUAUCAUAUCGCCUGCAAUCCAGACGUCAUUGAUGACAUCAUUUCCAGAUAUCUUAAAUGCUACAGUAAUUUAUAUCUCGACAUAUCGGAAGUUCUCAUAUUUUUGUGUGGAAUGAACAUUUCCGCUGCGAAUAAAAUGUCGGCUUUGAUGAAUCAAUGUGACGUUGAUCAUCGUGGUCCUUCAGUGUAUUACGCCAGUGCGUUUCAGAGAGUCAUUGAGUCUGGAAUCAGAGAGGCAGUAGCCAACAAGCAGGAUGACAUUCGCCUGAAGCUCAGUCACUUUUACAUUACUCCAAGCAACUUGAGAGAUUUAAACUUGAUAUGGUCUACAAACACGUCCAAUGUGAAUUCAUUGACAUUGGAUAUACCGCGGAGUUUACUUUCACGUGAUGAGCAAACAUCUCAUUUUGAAGUAAACCUGUCAUCGUGCCACCAGUUGAAAUGGUUACGUUUAAAGGGAAACGGCAUAUGGCUUAGAGAUACAGCCAGUUCAGACACAUCGAAGCAUCCAGCCUCCAUUGUUCUAAACAAAGCAGAUCAAGUCCAGUGUGCAGACCCUCGUCCAGUACUGCCCUCACUAGAACGCAUUGAUUUAUAUGAUGUCGCAUGCUCCUCUACCUCGCUACAUAGUCUGUUCAGCACUCUGUUGACAUGCGAUCAUAAGGUGGUGUGUGAGCUGAAAUGUGACAUAACUUCGUGUACUGAGCGCGUUUCAUCCGAAAUACAGACGGGUAAACGUACAUUUAACAUGCACAUGAAUAAAUAUAACAGCCCCAGGCUGUGGGAGGGUCUCAAUGGUCUGAAUAUUAAGAGUCUGACUCUGAUGACAGUUUUGUUGGAUGAUUUCGAAGUGAAUCAUGUAGAGUGGUUGUCGCAGAGUGAUUGGAUGGAUGAUUUCGAAGUGAAUCCUGAAGAGUCGUAUUUCGAAGUGAAUCACUAUUGA